AUGGCAAUCCUCAAGUUUUUCAUCGCAAUUCUUCUUUUAAACCUCAUUAACAAAGGAGUUUGCGAAUGUGACUGGAGCGAUAUCAUAGUAGGUACAGUCCCGACCGGGAGAGAAGUACAAGGCAAACCAGAAUGGAGAGUGACAGUGAUCAAUAACUGCAUCUGUCCUCAGUCGGGUAUAGAAUUGGAUUGCAAGCAAUUUCAGACCGUUGAAGAUGUGGACCCUUCAGUCCUUAUGAGGAAGCCCGAUGGUCACUGCCUCUUGAACCUUGGCAACACAUUGGGACCUUCCAUGUCGGUCACCUUCAACUAUGCUUGGGAUUCUCCUUCUGCUUUAAUCCCUUUGGGGUCCGGAAUUUUGUGUAAUGCGCCCGGAUUGAAGACCAGGUGUUGUCUUAAUAAGCAUCAAACGCACCUCUUCUGCUGUCCUGCAUUUGACGGUCUUACUUAA